CCCCACGAAAUCGAAGCCUUUUGACCCACUGGAAGGCCCGUGGAAGCAUCAGAAACAUUAGAUUGGUUUCCCGUGGCCUCGAGAAACGAAGAUCUGGGUCUUCCCGUCCGCCCACCCGUUCUCAUUCUCCUGCCCGUCCCCUUUAAGUCCCUCUCAUCCCCACUGGUAUCCCCAAUCGAGCACAGGAUGGAGACGGAGAAGAUGGCCUCGCGCCCGCCUGGCACAAUCAUGGCCGAGGUCGAGACCGAUGGUAAAGUCGCUGAGCCCAAGAUCCUUCCCAAUGACAACAGCGAGCUUGGUUUCAUCGAUGAUGGCGAGGCAAAAGAGAUUCUCCCAUUCGAGGCCGAUGACUCUCCCUUUCCAGAGGUUCGCGCGGUCGUCCCCGCCGCCGACGAUCCAACUCUGCCCGUCAACACGGUGCGGAUGUGGUUCAUCGGAAUCAUCUUCACGAUCAUCGGCAGCGGUCUGAACCAGUUUUUCAAUCUUCGCCAGCCCAGUGUUACGAUCAGUGCCCUGGUGGCCCAGCUGCUCGCCUACCCCGUUGGUUGUGCCUGGGCCAAGUUCAUGCCACUGGGAAUUUUGAACCCGAACCGAAACUUCAAUAUCAAGGAGCAUGCCUUGGUCACAAUCAUGGCCAACGUCUCCUUCGGCUCUGCAGCAGCAACCCAGGUCAUCGAAGCGAUGGUGAAGUUCUACGGUUUGCCGUCGCAGGGUGGCUUCGAGAUUCUUUUCGUCAUUACCACCCAGCUAUUCGGAUUCGGUUUGGCUGGUGUUUCCUAUCGUUGGCUGGUGUUUCCCGCUACGAUGGUCUGGCCGCAGGUUCUCUCCAAUGCGGCCCUGUUGACUACUCUGCAUUCCAGAUCCAAUGCUGUCGCGGACGGCUGGAAGAUCUCUCGUCUGCGUUUCUUCCUCUACGUCUUCAUCGGAGGUUCGAUCUGGUAUUUCGUCCCCGGUUUUCUAUUCAAGGGACUCAGUACCUUCAGCUUUAUCUGCUGGAUCGUUCCCAAUAAUGUUGUGGUCAAUCAACUUUUUGGCCAGACGACUGGUCUGGGGAUGUCGCUCCUGACAUUUGACUGGGCGCAGGUCGUCUAUGCCAACCAGAGUCCGCUGCUGGUUCCGUUCUGGGCGGGUAUGAAUGUGAUGGGAGGGUUCGCGCUCUUCUUCUGGCUGAUCUGUCCGAUCUUAUACUACACCAAUACGUGGUAUUCGGCGUACCUACCACUCAUGAAUUCCGCGACCUUUGACAACACCGGGAGUACGUACAAUACGAGUCGGAUAAUGAACGCCGACGGCACAGUUAACCAACAAGCUUACCGGGAGUAUUCGCCUAUGUUCCUUCCGGCCGCGUAUGCUCUGACUUAUGGCCUGGCUUUUGCUAAUCUUACCGGAAUCUUCGUGUACAUCGGUCUAUAUCACGGCAAGGGCAUUCUGAGCAACUGGAAAGGCACGGAAAAGAAGGAUAUCCACGCCCGCCUGAUCGAGGCCUAUAAAAAAGUUCCCUGGUGGUGGUUUGCGGCCAUCACUGUUCUGAUGUUCGUUUUGAGCAUCGUGACCAACGAAGUGUGGCAUACAGGACUACCUGUCUGGGCUGUCUUUGUGUCUUUCGUUCUUCCAGUCAUCUACUUCAUCCCUGUGGGGAUCAUCAAGGGCGUAACCAACAUCAGCACCAACCAACUGAAUCUUAUUACCGAGUUUAUCGGUGGCUACGCGUUACUCGGGAAGCCAGUGGCGAACAUGGCUUUCAAGUUCUAUGGCUAUGUCGCAGUGUCGCAAGGACUCGAAUUCGUUGCUGACAUGAAACUGGCACAUUAUCUCCAUAUCGCACCCCGGGCCGUCUUCCUCGCCCAAGGUAUCGCCACCCUCGUAGGUGCGAUUGUGCAGACAGGUGUGACAGUCUUUAUGAUCACUCGCAUCAAAGGGAUAUGUGCCUCAAAGGACAAUAACGGUUACUCGUGUCCACAUGGCGAAGUCACCUAUUCGUCCUCAUUGAUCUGGGGUGCAUUGGGCCCCGGUCGCAACUUUUCGCCAGGUCAAUUAUACGGCAAACUACUCUGGUUUUUCUUGGUCGGACCACUUGCGGUUCUGGCAACGUGGCUGCUGUCGCGGAGAUGGAAGUUUUUCAACUACGUGUCUUGGCCAGUCAUUUUCGGCGCCAUGGGUCUGGUGCCUCCUGCUACGGGUGUGAACUUCUCGUCCUGGUGGGUGGUGAACGUGCUCUUCAAUGGUCUUCUUAAGAGGCGCAAACCGGCGUGGUGGACCAAGUACAACUACGUGUUGUCCGCAGCCCUCGACUCGGGUGUGGCGGUCUCGACCAUUAUCAUCUUCUUUUGUAUCAUCCUGCCCGGGGGUACACUCACCUGGUGGGGGAACACCGUCUACUCGCAAACGGCGGACGGUCAGGGUACACCCUGGAAGAGCCUGCCUGCGAGGGGAUAUUUUGGGCCCGCGAAGGGAACUUGGGAGUGACACCGCUGAGAUGCAUUAUUGCGCAAUGGUUGAUGGAUAUCGGCGAUUGAGCGAAUUCUGUAUGGGUGCGUUUUCGGAUACUGAUUUGUUUAAUACACAGAGUAAUAAUACAAUAUACCCUCUCAUUUAGAGACUCGUUCUUCAUUAUGAACUAUUUACUGUUUCAUCAUUAUCAUGAUUAUUGACUAUUGAUCACCACAGGCUGUCAUGAAGUCUAUUUAGCGUGUAAAUUAGCAACAGGAACACACGCCUUGCCGCGUAAAUCAAGGAUCCAGUGCUCUAGAGUACAUGCUUGCAUGCACUAGUUAUAUAUAUAUAGUCUCUAUCACAUUGAUGUUGCUAUGAGUUCUUUGUCUAUCUGAU